UCUCCUCUUCUGUAGCCGACUGAAAAUGUCGUGCUUAACAGAACACACUGUAAAAGCCUGUUCAGUCUGUUCUUCUCUUCAUAUAUGCCUCAGAAAUCCUGUUCCUUUCUCUCCUCUCUCUCUCUCUCCCUACCUCUCUCCCUCUCUCUCUCUCUCUCCCCUCCAUAAAAACCCCUUUACCCCCUCACAGCAAAAACCCAAAACCAAAAACUCACCCUCGCUCUAACUUUCUUCAACAUCCAAAUACCAAACACUUUUUUCACAACCCAAAACCAAAUACUCAAAAACCCAGCUCAACCGUUUGAUUCGAAAGACCCAAAUGCCGUCGGACUCCGGGGAUCAGCAGCAGAACAACAGCCAGAACCGGAGGACGGUGAAAGCCACCCAGGCCACGGGGGCCCCACCGCCGGAGCAAGAGCACCUGCCCUGCCCUCGCUGCGACUCCACCAACACCAAGUUCUGCUAUUACAACAACUACAACUUCUCCCAGCCCCGCCACUUUUGCAAGUCCUGCCGCCGCUACUGGACCCACGGGGGCACCCUCCGCGACAUCCCCGUCGGCGGCGGCACCCGCAAAAACGCCAAGCGUUCCCGCACCGCCGCCUCAGUCGCCACAACCACCACAACUUCUGACAACGACCCAAUUUCGGCCACCCCAUUUUUUCUCAACCCAGGUGUCGGAGCCGCCUUACAGUUGAGUGAUUUGAAGGGUAGCAUGGGAAAUGGAUGCGGCGGCGGUGGCGGCAGUGGCAGCUUCACUUCUCUGCUCAACACCCACGGGCCUGGUGGGUUUUUGGCUCUGGGCGGGUUCGGGCUUGGGCUGGCGGGUGGGUUUGAGGAGAUGGGCUUUGGGCUUGGGAGAGCGGUCUGGCCUUUUCCUGGGAUGGGAGGAGAUGGUGUUGCGGGUGGGGCCCACGGUGGGAUGAUGAACAUGUGGCAGCUCGAGAACGGAGAGGGUGGUGGGAUUGUGAAUGUGGGUGUUGGACCCGUCGGAGCUGAGUUCUGUUCUUGGCCGGAGUUGGCAAUUUCUACUCCUGGAAAUGGACUAAAGUGAAAUAAAAAUCUGUGUCUAUUGGGUCUCCUUAUAAUUCUCUACUCUUUUUGGUUUGUAAUGGAGAAUGUUGUGUUUUAGAGCUCUAGGGUUUUUAAUGAUAGUGUUGAGGGCUUGAGACUAAUUUAGAUUCACCAAUUAAAUGGCCUUUCUAUAUAUCCAACAACUGCUGCCUAAAUUCAAGUAAAUUUUAUUUUGGUUC